UCAACAAAUUUGAUAGAAACAAACAAUAUGGUCAUUAUUAAUAGUUCUGUUGACUAUAGUAGAUAUAUAGGAAGCAUAACUACUGACGAAAAUUAAUAAAUAUAGAUUUUUUAAUCUUAAAAUGGAGUUUUUUGGUACACAAAUCUAUUUAAUAAUCCAUUCAGCAUAAUAAAUAUUUCUAAAAACUAUUUAAUUUAACAGAAUUAGUUAGAAUAAAACUAAAUUACUUUCUAUGAUGCUAGUAACAAACAGUUAGUAAUAUAUGAUAUUCUAAAAUCUAUUGAAUAGACUAUUUCAAUAAAUUUAGAUAUUUAAUUUGACUUAUAAAUCUCCAUUAUUGAUUGGGAUUAACCUUCCUUUUUGUGGGUAAAAGGCCAAUAAAUCUUUUAAUAUAGUGUAAACUCUAAUCCUCAAAUAAAAACUAUUUUUGAUUUAGAUUCUUAAAUUGUUUUCUAUUAAUACUGUCCAAA